AUGGCGUCCAAAAAGACCUUGUCCCUGUCGAUUGUGUGUCUAUACCAAGUAGACUCCUCGCACGCAAUUUGCUGGUUGCGGAGGCAACGGCAACAUGAGAUGUGCAAGUUGCGGAGGCAACGGCAACAUGAGAUGUGCAAGUUGCCGACGAAGGCGUAUUUUCCCGAUGUCGCACCCUUCAUGAGCAGUACCUAUUUUUACCUUCUUCCGGGCGCCUUCAGCCUCAUUGGUUUUACCUACGGGGUCUCGGAAGGUCAGGCGACACGUGGAGGAAAGAUCAAGGUCAAGCUCGUUCCGAGUGGUCGAUGGGCAGACAGUCAGACUGAGACUGUCGAACUUGUUCACGCAAAGAUAGCUCCGAGAGUGGUUGCACAUAAGCCAAACUCGAUUCAGGAUGUUGCUGUUGAGAUUUAUGUGUUGCGGCCUUGUGGUGGUCGUGGCGUGGGUCUGAUUAUGCCACUUGAACUCAAGCAGAGACACGAGAAGAUCUACAACAAGUUUAACGGAGUUGGCCAGCCAGCUGUUCGGGACUCGACAGCUCUGCUCGCUGAAGUUGGCAGCACUUCCAUCGAUGAGUCAAAACUGGUGCCACUCCUUGAUGUUACAAGUUUCAAAGUGUAUCAAGUGACCAUUCAGCACAUCCUUGAUUACGUCUACUACAAAGACGGAAAGCGCACGGCACCACCCGAAAUUAAAUUAGGCGAUAGCAUUUUUAGCUUACCCAGCGAAGACGACAACAGUCAGGACCGGUCCAGAUGGAAUCGUCGUGAGCUAAAUCCGCAGAGCGAACCUGUGUUCAGUGAUGGUCUUAGUGACUCGGAGAACGAUAGCGAGCCCCAGGGGUCGGUGCGACUGGACAGGCCUCCAGCGGAGUCGGCGUAA